GCGUGAUCCUAAAAAAAAAAUACGAACCUUUUCCAUCCUCCCACCAAAAUAUAAAAGGAUCUAGUUUUUGUUUUUCUUCCUCUUCUUCCUUUACUCAAAAUCCUUUGACAAACAAAACCCCCCCUGCUCUCUCUCUCUUUCUUUAAGAUAAAAAAUGUCCAAAAAUAUCUUGACUACAUCCAACGGUAACCCCGUUGAGAAUAACCAAACCUCUCAAACUGCUGGACAACACGGUCCUAUUCUUCUUCAAGAUUUCCAUUUAAUUGACAAGCUUUCUCAUUUUGACAGAGAGCGUAUUCCCGAACGUGUUGUUCAUGCCAAGGGAGCAGGAGCUCACGGUACUUUUGAGGUAACGCAUGAUAUCACUCAUCUUACCAAGGCCAAAUUCUUGAGCCAUAUUGGUAAAAAGACACCCGUCUUCACUCGUUUCUCUACCGUCGGUGGUGAAAAGGGUAGUGCGGAUACUGCUCGUGAUCCUCGUGGUUUUGCCGUCAAAUUCUACACUGAAGAAGGUAACUGGGAUAUGGUUGGUAACAACACACCCGUUUUCUUUAUUCGUGAUCCUUCCAAGUUCCCUGAUUUCAUCCAUACCCAAAAGAGAAACCCUCAAACCAACUGUGGUGACCCUGAUGCUUUCUGGGAUUUCCUUUCUCUUGUACCUGAAUCACUUCAUCAGGUCUCUAUUUUGUUCUCUAACCGUGGUACUCCCGAUGGUUACCGUCACAUCAAUGGUUAUUCUUCCCAUACAUUGAAAUUAGUAGAUGAGCAAGGUGGAUUCAAGUAUGUCAAGUGGCAUUUCAAGACAGAUCAAGGUAUCAAGAACUUUACAGCUGAACAAGCUGGUAAGCUUGCCAGUGAAGAUCCUGAUUACUCUACACGCGAUCUCUUUGGCGCUAUUGAACGUGGAGAUUAUCCCUCUUGGUCUGUAUAUGUUCAAGUUAUGGAACCUCAAGAUGCUCUCAAGUAUCGUUUCAACCCCUUUGAUGUCACCAAGGUUUGGUCUCAUAAGGAUUAUCCUCUUCAACCUGUCGGAAAGAUGACUUUAAACCGUAACCCAGAGAACUACUUUGCCGAAACCGAGCAAGCGGCAUUCUCACCCUCUCAUACGGUACCCGGUAUUGAUGUAUCUGCCGAUCGUAUGUUACAAGGUCGACUCUUCUCAUACCCUGAUACCCAUCGUCAUCGUUUGGGAGCCAAUUAUGCACAAAUCCCCAUCAACCAACCUCAUUCUCGUGUAGCUAAUCAUCAACGUGAUGGAGCAAUGGCCGUUUUAGGUAACGGAGGAUCUGGUCCCAACUAUGAGCCCAAUUCCUUUGGCGGACCCUAUCAAAACAAUGUGAGUGCUACUACAUUUACUGCAGAGGAAAUUUAUGGCGCCACCGGUCGUCAUACAUACGAAUUGACCGAUGAUGAUUUUGUUCAAGCUGGUGAUUUGUAUCGUCUUUUAUCUGCCGAAGAGAAGACUCAUUUGGUGAACAAUAUCUCUGGUCAUUUGAAGAAUGCCAAGAAGCAUAUUCAGGAACGUCAACUUGCUCACUUCAAGCGUGCUGAUGCUGAAUAUGGUCAACGUAUUGAAGAGACCAUCUUGACUUUGAGUUCCAAGGCUUAAGAACAAUACCUUUUGCAUUAUUUAUUUUACCCCCAACCCCCAUCAUCUCUCAAACAAAAUAAACUCGUCUUAACUGU